CAAUUUGCUGUUAGCUUCUGAAAAAGUCACCGGUGUACCUGCACUCAACAUUAUUCGUCCAUUUUCGCAAAGACCAGGUAAUUUGCGAGCAUCUGAGUGUCUUUUUUCUACCUUUCUUUGCUGUGAGAAUGUCUUCUGAAGAGACGCUUAGUGACGGCGAGGGUAGUUUGGCCCACUUGGUUGAGAACUAUGGGGUGCCUAGGCGUGUGUUGGUGAGGCCGGCGGGGAGUAGAGAGAGGGCAUGUUCGGCCCCGAGGGACCACUGGAUGCCUCUCUACUCCCAUUACUUGGCGGUUGGGUUGCAGUUCCCUCUCCCAAACCUGUUGGUGUGGUUGUUGUUGGAGUAUGGUCUGGGGUUAACGCAACUCACCCCCAAUGCUAUGAGGUUAGUGGUGGCGUUUGCAGUGUAUAGCCGAAGUCGGGGGGUAAGUUUUCCCACUGCUAACGUAUUCAAGUACUUUUACGUCUUGAAUGCUGGGAGUGGUAGGGAGAAAGGGUGGUACUAUUUUACGGGCCGGGUAGUGAAUAAGCAGAGGAGGGGUCUGUUUAGCGCUGGGCCGUCCUCCAUUAAAUGGUGGAAAGAAAAGUUCUUUUUUGCGGAUGACACGGAGUGGGAUAAGACUGAUGCUGAGGUGGAACACUUGAGUCGCUGGAAGGCGAAAGGGUUAAACCUCAACGAGUAUAGUCUGACCCCGGGGGAGUUAGAGGAUGUGGGGGAGUUGGAAAGAGGGGGUGUGGGUUUGCUGGACAUCAUGGAGUAUACGAGCCAGAGGCUGUUAGACGCGGCUGAGAUAUAUGGGCCGGGCUCAAAAAGAGGAGAAGAGAUGAACAAGUUUUUGGACGUAGCUGGUGGAGCUGGAAUUCCAAAGAAGGGGAGAGGGAAGAGAGGCGAGGUCAGGAGAUGGGUGGAAGAGGUUUCACUGCCUCAAGCCGAAGUGGAAAACUUGGCUAUCACACAGCCUGGCCACGUUGGAGGGGGAGUGACGGUUGCUGAGGAGGGGCCCAUUGUGGCGAAGAGGAGGAGGCUGGAGCGACAAGAGGCCGUGGAGGAGGUAGAUGAGGCACCAGAGGCUGUGACUUCAACCCUCUGCCUGGAAGGGACCUCGUCAGCCUCGGCUGUUGAGUUUGCUGCUGCGCUCCGGGAGCAAGGGUAUAUCCGAGCGCAGACGACUAGCUUUUAUGACUUCGGGAUGAGGAGUACAACAAAGAGGUUCAUCAACACUUAUUUCCCGGAGGUGGACCGCCAACGUGCGAAGGACGAGGUGGCUGCCAGGGGUUCAAUUGGCAUUGUCCGUCAAACGCUGGAGGCUGUUAAUCUCGUGAAUGCUUUGCCCAACGAGCAUCACGAGAGUUUGAAAGAGAGGAACCAAAUGAGGAAGGAUAACGCCGAGCUUGUCAAGAAGAACGAGGAGGUCGAGGUCGAGGUGGCGAGGUUGAAAGCGGAGAUGAAGGAACUCCGGAAAGAAAACACUACCUUCAAAAAGGACUCGGAGAUCCCGUACCAGAAGAGGAAGAUAUGCGAGGCUAAGCUCGAGAAGAGGGAGAAGGAGCUGGAGGAUGCGGGGAGGACAGUAGCUGAGUUGGAACUCAAGGUUCACAACUCAGUCGAAGAGCAUGUGGAGGGGUUCCUGAGGUCCAGCACCUUCGAGGACAUCGUCAACCUAUACCGUCUUCCUACUACCAUCGUGGCUUUCUCUAACUGCCGGAAGAAGGUAAAGCUGCAAUAUCCUGGUGUGGAUGUAACGAAGAUUACCUUCGGAGAGCAGGAAAGGGAGGUGGAGGAGGACGAAGAGAGCAGUACUGCUGACUUCCGCCCGGAGAUAACGCUGAAGUGGGAGAGGGAUAGCAGAGGUCAAACCGUUUUGCCUCCCAAGUUUAGUUCUGAAUUCGUGGCAGUGGAGGAAGAGGGGACUGAAGGUGGCGAGGUUACCAAAGGUGCUGAAAAGUCAGCUGAAGGUGCUGACCAGCCAAACGGAAGUGAACACCAACUUAAUCCCGUAGCUGAAGCAGAAGUCCCUAAAGGAGUUAUAAUUGAACUGGGGGCUGUUGUCAGCGAUAAUCUGGUUUGGUAUCCCAUAUCUACAAAUGACUGAGCUGAAGAGGAAAUCCUCAAUUCUUCUCGAAGUCAGACAAGAGAGAGGUUUGGCUUCUACUCACUUGGUGAAGUAAUCAACAGCAACCACUAAA